GAAAACUCAGAUAUGGCAUUCUUGAUUUUCCUGUAUCUGCCAUUGAUCAGCAGCUUCUGGUUGAUGCUCUACUUUGGACAUGGUGCAUUAGGGUGUUCACCGGGAACAUUUGGACCAACUUGUGAGAAUAUUUGUCCAAUUAAUUGCGCAGGAGUAGAAUGUGACUCAGUGACGGGAUUUUGUACUGCAGGGUGUGUUUCCGGUUACCUUGGGGACUCGUGCACUUUAGUGUGCAUGACAGGAACCUGGGGUGAGCAAUGUGGAGAAACAUGUGAGGCAGGUUGCAGUGGAGAAGAAUGUGAUCCUAUCAGUGGCCACUGUACUUAUGGCUGUGUAUUGGGUUACAAUGGACCAUUGUGUGACAUAAAAAACAAUAUAUGUGUGAAAACAGACACAUUGGAUGUUUAUGCUGAACGAGAGACUACGCUGAUUGUAAUGGCACAGUACUUCACCCACCCACUGUCCAAAAUUCACAUAAAGUUUGGCAAUGAAGAGCCUUGUUUGUUAGACAGCGACUGGGCUCACCUUAAUGUAACUACAGGAAUAGUUGCCUACAAAGGUGUCAGUGUGAAUGUAACCGGCUUCACCCACCUCCAUGUGGUUUAUCAUAUGUUCUUUGAACCGACUACGGUUGUUAAUGUCACACUUGACAACCAGGGCAUCAUCAACUAUCACAAUGUUACCUUCAAUGCUCACCAACAUCAUAUUGCUAAGGACUGUUACCAGAAUGCCACAAUAAACAAUGCUAGUAGUGAUAUCUUAUCACCCAUCCCAGUGGAACGCAGCUCAAUCCAUACUUACUCUGUCAACUGGAUAACUGAUCAAAAUUGCCUUGAAUUCCAUGGUGUCAAUUCUGUGCAAUAUGCCUACAUCUGGGUUGUCAGAUAUUCUCAAGCAGACACAUGCUGGAUGGAAGGAAAUACAAAAGUCGAGGAUCCCAUUUGGUAUAAUGGAACCGGAACACAGGAAGCUACAUUUAGAAUACCAGCAGACCUUUUGUUUAUUGGAUUUUAUUUUAUCAAUAUUAGAGCAUAUAUUGAGUUAUCAGUUGGAGGAUUGCAGGUAGAUUUCUACAGAAACAUUAAUGGUUACAUUGAGAUAACUCUGAACAGAGUAAGAGCAUCCUUAGGUUCCCUGCUUUCACCAAUCCACCUGUGUAGUGAAGCGCUGCUGCUCGAUGCCAGCACCUCCGAGGAUCCCGAAGGAACUUUGACUCUCGCAGAUUUCCAAUUUUCCUGGACCUGUGUGAUGGAUGAUGUGUUGCCUUGCUCCAUCUUUGGAGUAGCUAUUGGUAGUGACAACAUCACCAUGCCUUUUACAGGUCCAGUUGUUACACUUGCCAGCAGAUCUCUUCAGGUGAACAGCAGGUAUAUGUUUGAAGUGACUGUGAGUGCGACAGGAAGGCUCGAUGGGAAAGCCCAGCAUAGCAUUAUCGUCAAAAGCGAUGUCCAACCAACAGUGGAAAUCAUUUGUUUAAGUAACUGUGGGGAUAAGCUGGUGCCUGGAGUUAGCUGGGUAGUGGCAUUGAAUCAGACGCAGGACCCAAAAUACUUACACUCAUGGUCAGAUAUGAACAUCAGAUGGAGUGUGUAUGAGUUCAAAGUUAUUACAAGGCUUCUCUUUUACCAGUUUAACACUUUCCAGCUCACAUUGAACGACAGCCUGCUACACAUCAUCGACACUAGUUACAGCUUUUCCGUGGAAUAUUCGAUAGCCGUUGCAAACAACCUUUUCUUUUUCGGAUCUGCCUCACUCUUAAACAUUGUCACUAAUGAUAUGCCAGUAGUUGGUUCAUGUGACUGUAGUCCAACCCGUGGGUUCUCCAGUCUGACCAGGUUUUCCAUUAGCUGUACUGGUUUUCACGACAAUGAUUUACCUUUGAAUUUUAGGAUAAUCAUAAACGAUACAGUUGUAGGGGAAGGAGGCACAGCUAAUUUCUCCGAUGUUGUGUUACCUGGCGGACUCAGCCAUGACAAUUACAAUACUAACAUUACCAUAGAAGUCACUGACAAAUAUAAUGGCACUUCCUCGUAUAAUUUCCUUGUACUGGUGUACCCCUCUGUAACAGAGUACAUAGACACCAUCAACCAGCCUCCGGUCAGUACCUCUGGAUGUGUGGUCAGUCCUCUAAGUGGAUAUACACUGAUUACCAACUACACCGUGAUCUGUAGUCAGUUUACAGAUCUGGACCCUCCGUUGACAUACUACCUCUAUCACAAAGGCCAGACUUCAGACACAGAGUCUCAUUUGUAUAAAGGAAAUGAUACCAAAACAACUGGUUUUUAUCUUGGUGAGGGCCUGGGAGAGAACCACACUGUUUCUCUAGUGUUUAGGGCUAAGGACGCUUACAAUGCAGCUACAGACAUAGACCUUUCUGUUGAGGUACUACCUUACAGCUACUCAGAUACUGGUGAAGACAUCCUUGAUUUUGUGCUGAGCACUUUUCUAUCAGGAGAAACAGCUGAUACAUCAGGGCUGACAAUAGAGACCAUUGGAAUCCUUGGAAAUGCCAUCAACGUAGAUACAACUGUCAACAACACUGGUGAUGCAAAUAGACUACAGCAAAGGAGCGAGAUACGUGAGUCGUUGACCCAGUCCCUACUUCAUGCCGAAAUCACACCAAACUUUGAUGUGGUCAACCAGGUUGUCCAAGUACUGGACAGUCUAGUCAAGGUCAAGGAGGAGGUCACAGAGAAACAGCAGGAGAUUACUGUUGCAGUGUUUCAUAAUCUGACUGAAAAGUUUAAUGACGUGGAAAAGACUGAUAUCUUGGAGACGAGGUCUACAUCGACGAAUUUACUCACCUCUAUGGGGAGUGUCCUAACACUUAUACAGGACAGAGGAACAGACCUGAAGGAAAUUAACACAACCAAUACUGGGUCGAUCACAGAGGCGGCAAAGGAUGAAAAGUUGGAAAAGGUGAAAAGGAACAGCCUACAGAUGAUGGCGUCUGUAGAGAAGGUUGUGGACAUUCUCACAGAGACAAUUGAGUCGGCUAAUGAAGCUGUGAUCAUCCAGACACCGGUUAUGUCUGUCAGAGUCCAGGAAAUAGACAACAUGACAGAAACAAACCUCACCCUCAGUGUGCUGUCAGAUAACUCCAGCAUCAGUCUCCUACUGCCUCCUACUCAAACUCUCAGACAAUCAGUUCCAGGGGCAGAGAACUCUUUUGUUUAUACACAGAUUGUAGUAACCAAGGACAACAUGUAUAACUGGGACCAGACUGCAGAAAGAUUUACCUCCUCUGUGGUGGACGUCGUUGUCAAGGACGCACAACUCCAGACAAAGACACUCACCAACAUGUCCGAUCCUGUCACGCUCCAAUUCCAAGUGGAAGACCAGAAUCUUGAAUCCAAUACACUGGAAUUUACAUAUGAAACAGCAAGAAGUCAAGUCAUCGCUAGCAGUCUGCUGAAGGUCACCAUGACUGACCUUGACCCUGCCAUGACUUUGCAGGUGUAUACCAAGAUCUUGGAGUCAGACCUAACAUUGAUGUUGUACCGUACCACCAAUGAAACAGUGUCUUCAAGAACAGUACAGCAACAUGGCAUCCCUAUACCAGCAGAGGGCAGUGCUGACAUGCUGAUAAUGGAGGGGUCUCACAAGUAUUUGAUUAUAGCAGUUCAAGAAGGACAGACCAUCGCAGCAAAUGAAACUGAUGUACCUUUUAUAACCACCAAUGUAUCUGUCAGAAUUGGCAUCUACAACACUGCGUGUGGCUUCUACGAUAAUGCCAAGGAUCAGUGGGCAACUGACGGCUGUCAAAUUUCCCGUCCGAAAAACCUGAAGACAAUGACUUGCUCCUGCUACCACUUGACCUCUUUCGCUGCAGGCUUUAUUGCAGUGCCUAACCUGGUUGACCCUAUUACUGAUGCAACUCUCUUCUUGACCUUCUUUGACAAUCCAGUCAUUGUGAUUACAGUACUGAUUGUGUGGUGUCUCUACCUAAUCAUGCUGGUAUGGGCGCGACGCAAAGACAAGGUCGAAAGCAUGAAGGGAGGUGUCAAUGUGCUGGAGGACAACUGUGCUGAAGACAAAUAUGUGUAUGUGGUUGGAUUUGUGACAGGCUGGUGGAGAAGGGCAGGAACAACCUCCAAUGUUUUUAUGUGUCUCCAUGGCAGCAAAGGUUUCAGCUCUAAACACCUGUUGUCUGAUGGUAUUGUCCAGCACUUUCAAACUGGGGCCGAGGAUUGGUUUGUGCUGACCACACCACUCAGCCUUGGAGAAUUACAGAGUAUCGUGGUAUGGCACGACAACUCUGGUGAAAAUCCUGCAUGGUUUCUGAAACAGAUUGUGGUUAGAGAUGUCCAAACAGAUAAGAUAUGGCAUUUCUUGUACAAUGACUGGCUGGCUGUCGACCGAGGGGUUGGACGGGUCAAGGUAGAAAUUCAUGCAUUGACCCCGGAGGACCUUGUACAAAACUCGCUCUAUCAGUUUGGUAUCCAGUCUAGUAAAGACCUACAGAACAACCACCUUUGGAUUAGUAUCAUCUCAUGUCCAGCCUACAGCCCCUUUACCCGUGUACAACGCCUGUCCUGUGCACUGUCCCUUCUCCUGAUGACCAUGUUGACCAGUCUCAUGUUCCAUGGGAUACCAACAGACGAUCCAGCUGACCAGUUGAGUUCUGGCGGCAUCACACUGUCUCUGUCUGACAUCAUCAUUGGAAUAGAGAGUGGUCUCAUCAUGUUCCCCAUUAACAUUAUCAUCAUGCAGUUGUUCACUAAACUAGAACCUAGACCUUCGGCUCUAGUUAGAGGGAAACGUUCUCUGGCUGACUGCCCCGAGGAAGAGGACAAGUCCUUUGGACUUCAAACCAGUGAGAGCAAAGGCAAAUCCAAAAUGGGGGGAAAUGUAUUGAAAGGGAGCAGCAAAACCGAGCAGAAAAAGCCCUUCCGGUUUCCCUGGUGGGUGGUAUAUAUUGCGUGGACAUUGGUUCUGUCUGCCGCCUUGAUUUCUUCCUACUUUGUCAUGUAUGGUCUGAUGUACGGCUACCAGAAGUCCAUUGAAUGGCUUGUGUCAUUCUUUACCGCAUUCUUCCAGAGUGCUUUGGUCACCCAGCCUCUCAAAGUGUUUAUGUUUGCAGUGCUCAUCACCUUCAUAUUUAAGAAACCCGUUGAAUUCGAAGUUCUUACCCAGAGGGACAACAUGAAGCUUAACCAUGAUGAGGAUUAUUGCCAAACGGAACUGUUGAAGAGGCAGGGGAUAACGCUGGCCUCCAUAGCACCAGUGAAACAGGCAGUGCGCGUGGCCAUGCCUAGAAAGACAUUACAAGCCAUCAGGGAGAGGCUCCGACUGGAGAAGCACAUCACUACCAUCCUUAGGGAGAUGAUCAUGUAUUUUACCUUUGUGGCUAUCGUGCUGUUCAUGGUGCAUGGCCAUCAGGAUGUGACCACCAACUACGGUGCCACUAAGACUACAGAAGACAUGUUUGUGCAUGGAGCAUACACACAAGUCACCCUUUCAGAGGUAAAGAAGGUUGAGGAUAUGUGGAAAUACCUACAAGAUACAGCUGUACCUGUGCUAUACAGCAACAACACGGGAAUGAUGGCUAAUGGUGUUGGCUACUUGAUAGGAACUGCAAGACUACGACAAAAACGCAUAGAAAAGGGUAUAAAAUGUUACAGAGUUGACACCCGCUUGCAUGCUUCGCUGUUUCCUGACCAGGAUUGUAAAGUGCCAUUUUCAACAGGUGAUGAAGAAUGGCGCCCAUUUAAUGCAUCUUGGGCUUGGCCACUCCCUGAAGCAGCUAAAUUUCCAACCAAAGACAGUGCUUGGAAAUAUCGUUCAUCAUUGGAGCUAAAAACGCUUCCUUUUGUCGGAAGGUUCGCUUCCUAUUCUGGGGGAGGUUAUGUCACGGAGCUGCCAACAGGCAGUGACGCUGCACACACUGCACUCAAUGACCUCAGGUCCCAGCACUGGGUUGACCAGUACACUCGAGCAAUUUUCUUGGAGUUCACUUCCUACAACCCCAAUGUUGAUCUGUUCACAGUGGCCAUUAUCAUAUUUGAACUAUCAAACAUAGGGAAUAUCAUGCCUUAUUAUCAAUUUUUCUCCUCCAAGCUGAAUCACUAUGACUCUGACCUCGGUAUUUUUGUUGCUGUAUGCGAGUCACUUUUUCUGGUGUACCUGAUAGGUUUCACUUAUUUCGAAGUGAAGAAGUUCACUAAAUUGCGGAAAACUGAGUACUUCUCCGACACCUGGAAUUAUAUGGAAGUUAUGAUCAUUGUGCUUGGUUAUUGUACUCUUGGGUUAUUUUUUCAGAGACUUGUUUUAGUGGACAGCGUUCUCUCGGAAUAUAGGAAAAAUGGACCCAACAAAUUCACUAGUUUCUACACCGCCGUGUUUUGGGACUUUGUUUUGACAUAUAUCAUGGCCGUUUUAGUCAUGUUAGUAAUUCUGAAAGUUUUCAAAUUAUUCCGCUUCAACACUAAGACCACCAUCCUUAUGCAAACGUUGGGGAAUGCGAGAGGGAGUCUGUUGAAUUUUGCAUUUUUGUUUUUCAUUUUCUUCAUGGCAUUCGCUCUCUUUGGACACCUAGUAUUCGGUUAUUGGAUUGUUGACUAUAAAGAUGUGGGAAGCAGUAUAAUAACCCUCGGUAACUUUCUACUCGGUGUUUCAGACUACUACAAGCUCGAACAGGCACACUCUGUACUUGGACCCACCUUUUUUGUCAUGUUUGUUUUCUUUAUCCAGUACAUUCUAUUGUCUGUGUUUGUAGCCAUCAUUCGAGAGGCCCAGAGUCUCUCUCGAAAGACAGGUAAUAAUGAAAUUGCCCUCACAAAGUUUGUCUGUGAGCGGUUCCUGCUUAUGAUAGGAUUCCUUCAGCGAUCGGAUUACAAGUGAUGUUGACUAUUUUAAUUUAUUCAAUUCAAAUGGUGUACAUUUGAACAAUUAUGUUUAGUGUUUGCAAUAAGAUUCAAUUGUUUUUGUUCUUGUUUUCUUUGUUAAUAAAACUUAGACUAGAAAUUAGAAUUGUAUAGCGUUUGUAUGUUUAAACCAAGAAAAAGUAAAUAGAUAAAUGACUUCCAAUCGCAUUCAGCAUUCUUACCACAAAUCAAAGUAUCCAUUCGAUAUUCCUUCCAAAUAUUAAUAUGGAUAUUAAAUCUCUACAUGCAGAACAAUUGUUGAAACUCAGGCUACGGCCAGUUCAGAUACACUGUCGUGGCUCUAGCGACUCAUUUGAAAAAAAAAAGAUUGACCAAUUAUCAUAUAAUAAUCAAGUGUGAGAAUAUUUUGAAUAAAUUUGUUUUGCAUGUACCAAAGUCAGGGCCAAGGUUACUAAUACUGUCUAUGGAAAGGGUAUAGUAGAGUUCCCACAAUGGGGUCCCGUGACUACUUUUCCCGUACCAAGGUUUGAAAGUUUAUUUUAGUCAGUUUGAGGGUGCUGAUUAAAAUGAGCUGGGGUGAACCUCGUGAAAAUGUGGGCUAACUCGGCCAGACUUGAAAAUUCAAAAUGGCCGCCACCGGUCGUCUGGAAUAUCAAAAAAAUACAUAUCUUUGCUUCUAGAUGUCCGUUUUAUAUGAUUUUGGGGUCUAAAUAUAUGUAUGAACGGUCAGGGAUUUUAUUUAUUAGUAUGUGAACUUGAAUAAAGUAAGUGUU